AUGCCUCUCCCCACCGACCCAGCCGUUCUUAAAACAAGCCAGGGGCUUGUUGAAGUCCUCCAUGGCAUCUUCGGUCCUCAUCCAGGCACAAGACCGGUCCACGCAAAAGGCAUCCUCCUCGAAGGCAUCUUCAAACCCACCCCCGAAGCCGCAUCCCUCUCAACAGCACCGCACUUCCAUUGUCCUUCAACUCCAAUCCUCGCCCGAUUUUCCAGCAGCACCGGAGUCCCCAACCUACCAGAUACCGACCCGAACGGCAAUCCUCGUGGCCUAGCCCUGAGAUUCAUGCUGGAAGAGUCUCCUCGUCACGUCCAUACUGACAUCAUCACCCACUCUACCCCCUUCUUCCUCGCUAAAGACGGCCCCGAAGCACUAGCUUUCUUCCGUGCAUUGGCGUCCGGUACCAUCGAGGAGUUUCUCUCGACUCAUCCUGCAGCACUGGCGUUCGUUCAGGCGGAGAAACCCUUCCCGGCGAGUUUCGGAACGGAGAGGUACUUUGGGGUAAAUGCGUUCAAGUUUAUCAAUCAGGAAGGGCGGGAAACUUUUAUUCGCUAUCGCGUCAUUCCCGUUGCCGGGGAGUCCUAUCUGAAUCCUGAACAGCUUAAAGAAAAGAGCGAUUUAUAUCUGUACGACGAGCUAUCCACCCGUCUAGCUUCUGGUCCGGUCAUCUUCGACCUCGUCGCGCAGAUGGCACAGGACGGUGAUGUCACAGAUGAUUGUACAGUCCACUGGCCUGAAGAUCGGACUUUGGUGAAAUUGGGUAGGGUGCGUCUGAACUCCGUCAUGGGGGAUAAUGAUGCGGAGCAGAAGAGGGCGAUUUUUGAUCCUGUUCCGAGAGUACAGGGGAUUGAGCCGUCGGAGGAUCCGUUGAUUGAUACUCAUGCUGCGGUGUAUUUGAUGAGUGGGAGGGAGAGACGGGCUGUCUGA